CUGUGCACCAAACUAUGGGGUUACUAUGGAUCUGUCUGGCAAUGCUCCUAACAAUCCGAUCUAUUGUCGGAGAUCCCACUAUUCCAAAGUCCCAGGCGAACAAAGGCUUUAAGUUUCAGAGCGGAACGGGCAAGAAUUUCUUCGAGAUGAAGAAAAGCAGGGAGGAACCAGUGAAGAAGGAGUCAGCCAUGUGCCUCGCGUUACGAGGAUUGAGGGAGAUGAGCAGCAGUGAGAUAGCAGAGAUAGUUGGGGAGGCAUGUCCUGUUCAGGAAGGACAGAGCGGUACUCCCAUAGAAACAGUCCCUGUAGAAACGGGAAGUACUGGGGGCACCGGCUGCAAUCCUGGAAUGUCUAUUGAGGAAAGGGUUACACUUCAACGGACUGAAACCAGACUCAAUCAAACUCUACUGGUACUGGAACAAAUAAGAUCGGAGAGUGAAGCUUUUAAAAGUGCUUUGAAGAGCACAGAGCAGCAACUCUAUUCAACAGAAUUAGAACUGGCACAAACCAAAUCAGAUCUGGAUAGCAAAGCGCUUCAACUCAAUUCAACAGAAUUAGAACUGGCACAAACCAAAUCAGAUCUGGAUAGCAAAGCGCUUCAACUCAAUUCAACAGAAUUAGAACUGGCACAAACCAAAUCAGAUCUGGAUAGCAAAGCGCUUCAACUCAAUUCAACAGAAUUAGAACUGGCACAAACCAAAUCAGAUCUGGAUAGCAAAGCGCUUCAACUCAAUUCUACAGAAAUAGAAAUGAAAAUGGCACAAACCCAAUUGUAUGUGGAUAGCAUGGUGGAACUACUCAAUUCAAUAGAAUUAGAACUGGUACAGACUAAAUCAGAUCUUGAUAGCAAAGCGCUUCAACUCAAUUCAACAGAAUUAGAACUGGCACAGACUAAAUCAGAUCUUGAUAGCAAAGCGCUUCAACUCAAUUCAACAGAAUUAGAACUGGCACAGACUAAAUCAGAUCUCGAUAGCAAAGCGCUUCAACUCGACUCAACAGAAUUAGAACUACUGGCACGGACCAAAUCUGAUCUGGAUAACAAAGCGCUUCAACUCAAUUCAACAGAAUUAGAACUGGCACAGACCAAAUCAGAUCUUGAAAACAAAGCGCUUCAACUCAACUCAACAGAAUUAGAACUGGCACAGACCAAAUCAGAUCUUGAAAAUAAAGCGCUUCAACUCAAUUCAACAGAAUUAGAACUGGCACAGACCAAAUCAGAUCUUGAAAAUAAAGCGCUUCAACUCAACUCAACAGAAUUAGAACUGGCACAGACCAAAUCAGAUCUUGAAAGUAAAGCGCUUCAACUCAAUUCAACAGAAUUAGAACUUGCACAGACCAAAUCAGAUCUUGAAAGCAAAGCGCUUCAACUGGAAUCAACAGAGCUAACAUCUGAACAUGCCGAAAUAGAGAAGUACCAGUCCAUUCUGGAAAUAAAAUCUUGCUCAAGUGCGACUGAACAGAGCCCAAUCUAUGGUGACUACAGUUGGACUGAAACUGAGCCCUUUUCUUACGCACACCUGCCCUGUGUACACAAUGGAGAACAAAAUGCCCGAAAGUUUUGUUUGAUUUCUGGAGAAUUUGACGCUACGAAUUUCACACUCUGUAGAUCUCCUGCAGCUGGGCAAAUAGAAAACAUUCUAUCGGAAAUUGAGAGCGUGACGACAGAAUCACAAAAUCGUCUAUCAGAGGAUCUGACACAGCUAACAGCUGAGUCAGGAGACAAAAUGGGCGCUGACGAUGUUCAGAAUAUCGCAAACAUGGUCGGGAUAUUCACUGCCUCCCCGGACAUGGAGUUGUCUGACAAAACUUUAGACAAUCUUAUCUCCGUGGUGGACAAUAUUCAAGAUAAAACAGUGCUGGAGUCGAUGCAAGACGAGGAAGCAGGCAGAUCCUUCAGAGGGGCUACUGUUACUAUUGCUAGCAAGCUCGCUAAAAACCAGGAUUCUUUGAAAGCAGGAAACUCACUUGGUUUUGGAGUUGCCAAGGUGACUGUAACAGGAAAAUCAGAAAGAAAGAAUUUAUUAGUUCUAGCUGGUGACACGAACUCUCUGAUUGGGAGCACCAAUGACGCUGACGACAAAUCCAAGAGAUUUUUCUCUGCUGAAUUAGAAACAUCAGAGACUGAAGUAGCGACAGCGGUUUACUACAUCUCAGAUAAAGCUUUCCCUUCCAGAGCUCUGUCCUCAUCUGGAGAGGAUGCUAUUAAAAGAAUUGCUCAGGGUAUCAGCAGAGUUUUAGAUAACGAUAAUCUCUCUGGAAAUGAGGUAUCUCUAGUGGCUACGGUUAUCUCUGACAUCAACAUUGUCGACACAAACUCGUCUCAGAUAACCCCUUUGAGACCCAACAAGACAGCUGUCGUCAAAUUUAAAGUUCCGAAAGACACUGAGUUGAAGGUACACAGCUUCGUAAAGAGAAAAUUACUGGUCACGAGCAAGGUCAUGUGCAAGUUUUAUAACGAAUCAGAGCAAGCUUGGAGUGAGGCGGGUUGUAAGACGACUGUUGAGUACGACCAGUAUUCAGGAGCAACUGAUGUAACGUGUCACAGUGAUCAUUUAACUAGUUUUGCAGUUCUCAUGACCCUGUCAAGCGAGCAAGGGCACGGCGAGGAGGAGGUUUCGGACGUGCUGCUAGCUACCAGUUUAGUGUGCUUGGUACUGACAUUGGCAGCAAUCCUACCUCAUAGAGAGAUUAUGAAGAUGUUACCCACCAGAGUAAACCUAAUGCUUGUUCUCGCACUUAUAUUCUCAAUUAUAUGCUUCUUCUUGAUGGAUUUCUUUGUGUCUGAAGAGGAAACCGUUGAUACACACAUCUCGUGUUCAAUUAUUGCGUUCUUGCUCAACUAUUUCUGGCUGUGUCAACUGAGUUGGAUGGUUAUCGAAGCAGUGACUAUGUAUUUUUCUGUAGUGAAGGUUUUCAACACAUAUCUUCGUAGACCCAUGUUGAAAUACAGUGUGGCUGGAUGGCUUCUACCCGCUAUUUUCCCUUUGGUUGGACUGGUUUGGGGCGGUUCAGAUUUCGCUGAUCCCAAAACAUGCUUUGUGAGAAGACCCUACGGUUUUGUGUCUUUCUACGGACCUGUAGUAGUCGGAGUUACAAUAAACUGGAUUCUAUUUUUCUACAUAGCUCGAGUCAUCUUAUCAAUGGCAUCCAGUACAGCCAAGCCCGAGAAAAUGAAGGUGUCCAGCGUUAAGAUGAGAUCGAGGCAGCUCCGUUCUGCACUGAUCGUGUCUACUUUCCUUGGUCUGGGAUGGAUUACGGGAUUCUUCCUGCUCAUGAACAACUCCAACUAUUCUGAAAUCAACACGGCAAUCAGAUGGCUAUUCAUAUUGGUAAAUGCACCUCAAGGGCUGUUUAUUUUCCUGUUCUACGUCGUCCUAAAGGAUGAGGUCAGAAGAUUUUGGGAAUCCAGGAUCACACAUGUGGGACGCUCACUUGGUCUUGUCAGUUCUAAAAAAGGCUCCAGACUCUCCAGAUCCCAAAGCGGAUUCUCCUCCGAAUAUACAGGGGUGGCAAAAGAUGAAAUCGUUGAGUUCAAGUCUACUAAGUCGAGCAUCAGAUCAAAAGUAUCCAGCAUCAAAAGCACUAAGCUGUCGCACCAGCGUAGUUUCGAGGGCUAGUGCCAUCUCUACCAUACUAGUAGGAUAAAUAAAGUAGCCUACAAAAUCAGUUCUACAAUUUCAUGAUAAGAGAAGAUUGUACCUCACUGAUAACGAGGUCUCCCGUAACGUUACAGCGCAGUUGUUCGGGACGAGAUUAUAAACACUUAAACAGUAAAGAAAUGAGAGCGAUAAGGUUGGAGCCCCGCACACAUGUUACAUCAACUAUUAGUAUUACAUAUUGUAACAUGAUGCCAGAAGAGGCUUAAUUCGGCUGUAUUAAAUAUUUGUUUUGAAAAUUACAGUGGUCGCACUAACGUGGAACAGACUGUUUUUCAGAUGUCGCAUUUGAAAUUUCCCACGGCCGCUGAUCUAACAUUAAUUAAAGGAAAUAUAUAAAUAAAAAGAAAUAUAAAUCUAUACCCUUAAAACUAGUAAACAGUAAGACUUGUAAAUUGACAUCUUAAUUUUUAAUUGACAUCUUAAUUUUUAAUUUAAUUUUCUGCCUUGAAUAAGUUAAUUAUCAAUUAAUUGCUAGUAUGUAAUAUGCUAUUACUAUCAAUAACCAAAAACGUCUAUCAAAUGAUCGUUCAGUUAUUACGUAAUCUCUAUCAUAUACAAAAGUUAUUUUAUUUGGAACAG